AAUUCUACUACUCUUCUCAUCUCUUCUACAACUUUCUCUAUAUUUCUUUAGCUCGAGCGUUUACAAUGAAUUCUAAAGCUUUCAUCAUCCUCGGUCUCCUUUUCGCCGUUGUCAUCCUCCUCUCCUCGGAGGAGGCUUCAGCUACCGCAAGAGGUCUAAAGAGCGUUGAAGAAGUCGUGAUGGAGACUAACGGAGAUGGAAUCGAGGAUGACAAGCGUCGUUUCGGGGGAGGCCACCAUGGGCACAGACAUCACCACAGGCACCACCACAGGCACCGCCACCAUUGUCGUCACGGUUGCUCGGCUGAUGAGGAUGUUAAUGAAGAUCCACAAGCCAAGCCUAACAAUUGAAAAUGGUGUUGGUUCAAGUCAAUGUUAUAGUGAUUAUUAUGCUUGAGUUGUUAAGGCUUGUUCGUGUCCAUGUAAGCUUGCCCAACUACAAGGGCAUUAGUUAAUCUCUAAUAAAGAGAUUAAUUGUGUGUAUUUUGAGCUUUAUUGUAUAAGUUAAUUAAAUAAUCAUGUGAAAUAUUGUUCCUAAUAA